GGCCACAUUCUGUUUUGGAGUUACAGAGUGAGUGCCAGCUCGGGACACAAGCUUGGAAGUAGAUUCUUUGGGAAAGCAGUGUGCUAAAACCACUCUCAGAUGGAACAGAGGGCUCUGAAGAAACUGGUGGAGUCCAUCAGUAAAACUGUCAAGAGCUUCAAGAAAAGUGAAAUUGAAUGUCUCAUACGCCUUUUCUAUAGCUUUGUGGAAAAACCCAGUGGAAAGCUUGUUAAUGCCAGGCUGGACUGCAACACAUUUCGAGGGAUCCUGCACAACGUAUUCGGAAUGACCGAUGACAUGUUAAUGAACAGGGUGUUCUUUGUAUUUGACAAGGACAGUGACAACUAUGUAAGUGUGCAAGAGUGGGUGAAGGGACUGGCGGUGUUUCUCCGGGGGACUUUUGAAGAAAAGAUGAAAUUCUGUUUUGAAGUCUAUUAUUUAACUGGAGACGGUUAUAUUUCCCGGGAGAAGAUUUUUGACAUGCUGAAGAACAGUCUCUCCCAGCAGUCCCCUGAAGAAGACAAUGAUGAAGGAAUAAGGGAGCUGGUGGAGAUAAGCCUGAAGAAAAUGGAUCAUGACAAUGAUGGCAAGAUCUCUUUUGCAGACUUUGAAAAAGCAGUGAGAAAAGACAGGCUUUUGUUGGAGGCGUUUGGACCAUGCCUCCCAGAUGCAAAGAACUGCCUUCAUUUUGAAGCCCUGGUAUUCAGAAACAAACCACCUGCUAGUUUUUGAACACCAAUUGCUCAAAAACCUGAAUUAAAGUCAGAUCUUGACUGUC